GAACCAUCCAAAGAAUCCAAAUUGAGGCAGAACCCAAACGUAUCAAGUGUCCUCCCAAUAGCUGGAUAUCAACUCCACAUCAAGAGGGCCCUUAAUCGCGGUUUUUUUUCCCCUCCCUCUGUCAAGUGGAUGGAAGAGAUGACAGACCACAUCCAUCGGAAGAAUGUGGUCAUGAUGUCCCGCCACGAUGCCCCAUGAUCUGGUUGUCUUUCCCAGAAUGACCCCCAGCCCCGAGUAUGAAUCUCCUUGUUGUAAAUAUAUGUGAUUUAUGUCUUGCCUGUAUCCUUUUUUGCCCUGCUUUCUCACAUCCAUUGGCCAUUUUGUCAUUCUUGGUUUUAUUUCCCUCAUCUGUUUCUUCUCUUCUUCUUCUUCUUCUUCUGUUCAGAAUCAUCUACAUCACUACUACUACCACUACUUCUACUACUACUACUACUACUACUACUACUACUACUACUACUACUACUAUUACUACUCUGUGGUCUUCAUGCUCUGGCUAUCUUGACGAUGCAAGCGAGAGCCGACUUGGGGGGCUGAUAUAUGAUCAGCUCAUCCAACCAGGGUCUUUACUCGGCUAUGACAAUUUGGCAGUACUUCUUUUUUGCCCCUUGUCAUCCUCUUCGCUUCUCCGUGAUUGGCCCCCCAUCGCGCAAAAUCACGACAACCGCCUCGAUAAGCACGCGAAACACAACCUGACGUAGCCACGCGUUUAGAGCACACCAUGUGGCUUACUCGUGGAUCUCAGUGAGGGUCUCCUUGGACGGCAUCUUUCCCCUAGCGUUGACUUGGUCUCUGGGGAUGUCACUCCGUAUUGCCGGGGAGGGAUCUAAUGGUC